AUGGCUCGUCAUGUCAACUGGAAUCAGAUUGUUAAGGGAAGGGGAGGGGAUGUUGACUACUUAGUGGUGGCCAUGCAAAGUUAUGAUGAGGUCGCUGGUACAGGCAAAUUGGAAUAUUCCCAUUGUACAGAAACAGAGGUUAUUGAAUCUUUGGGAAUUGUUAUUUAUAAAGCACUGGAUUAUGGUUUGAAAGAGAAUGAAGAAAGAGAACUAAGCCCUCCCCUAGAGAAGCUCAUUGAUCUCAUGGCCAAUACCAUGGAAGCUGAUAGUAGUAACGAUGAGGGUUAUGAGGCUGCAGAUGAAGGGAUAGAAGAUGAAGACGAUGAAAAGAGAAAAAUCUCAGCAAUUCGUUCUUAUAGAGAUGUCAUGAAGUUAUGUGCUGUUCAUCUCCCCACUGAGUCAGAGGCACCAAAUCAUUAUCAGGCAGUAUGCCGGGCACUAUUUGCAGAAACCAUGGAGCUGCAUACCUUUCUGACGAAAAUGAAGAGUGCAAAGGAGAAUCUGAAGAAGAUUCAAGAAAUGGAAAAGAGUGAUAAAUCUAGCACAGACCUUGAUGAGCUGAAAAAUGCUGACUGGGCUCGAUUCUGGGUACAGGUGAUGCGAGAUUUAAGAAAUGGUGUAAAACUUAAGAAGGUCCAAGAGCGACAGUACAAUCCUUUGCCUAUUGAAUAUCAGCUCACUCCUUAUGAAAUGCUAAUGGAUGACAUUCGCUCCAAAAGAUACACUUUACGAAAAGUGAUGGUGAAUGGUGAUAUUCCUCCUCGGUUAACAAAAAGUGCACAUGAAAUCAUCCUGGACUUUAUCAGAUCAAGGCCACCUCUAAAUCCAGCUUCAGCUAGAAAACUAAAACCAACCCCACCACGCCCACGGAGCCUCCAUGAAAGAAUAUUAGAAGAAAUCAAAGCAGAAAGAAAACUUCGACCUGUCUCACCAGAGGAGAUUAGACGUAUCCGAUUUGAUGCAAUUACCCCUGAGUCUCCAAAGAAUGUGACAGAAUCAUCUGUGGUGAAUGGUUUGACCUCAUCAAGUAAAGAAUAUGAUUUAAGUGCCACACAGCAGGUACCUGUGCAGAGGAAAAAGCUCCUCAAAGCUCCCACUUUGGCUGAACUGGACAGCUCUGACUCUGAGGAAGAAGCUCUCCAUAAGUCACCUAGCAGCAGCAGUGUUUCCCCCUCCUUCUUCGAAGACCCCUUACUAGAGACGGUGUCCACAAAGAAGAAGCCUCCAAAAUUCUUGCCCAUAUCCUCAACACCCCAGCCAGAGAGACGGCAGCCACCCCAGAGACGUCACUCCAUUGAAAAGGAAACACCUACUAAUGUUAGGCAGUUCCUGCCACCAUCCAAGCAGAGUUCCAGAUCUCUGGAGGAAUUUUGCUACCCAGUGGAGUGCCUUGCUCUGACCGUUGAAGAAGUGAUGCAUAUCCGCCAGGUCCUGGUGAAGGCUGAGCUAGAGAAGUACCAGCAGUACAAGGAUGUCUACACUGCCCUGAAAAAAGGGAAGCUCUGCUUUUGUUGCCGAACCAGGAGAUUUUCCUUCUUCACCUGGUCUUACACCUGCCAGUUCUGUAAGAGGCCAGUGUGCUCACAGUGCUGCAGAAAGAUGCGUCUGCCAUCCAAGCCAUACUCCACUCUUCCUAUAUUUUCUUUGGGACCUUCAGCCUUGCGAAGAGGGGAAAGCUUUAUGAGGCCAGAAAAACCCUCCACUAGCCACCAUCGGCCACUUCAGAGCCUUGCCAGGUUCUCCUCAAAAUCAAAGUCUGUUGACAAAUCAGAUGAAGAACUACACUUUCCUAAAGAGCUGAUGGAGGAUUGGAGCACUACAGAGGUGUGUGUAGACUGCAAGAAAUUCAUUUCGGAAAUCAUCAGUUCAAGCCGGCGUAGCCUGGUGUUGGCCAGCAAAAGGGCCCGCUUAAAAAGAAAACCACAGUCCCUCCACGUGUCCUCGCCAGGUCCUGCAGAGUAUUGCCCGUCAGAGAGGACUAUCAAGGAGAUCUGAGCUCAUUCUGCCUUUGCUUUGUGCUCCGUAUCAGUGCCCAUGAAUAAGAACAGUGAGCUUCCUCUCUCUAGUUUGAUUUAAAUAGGUUAGUUGGACUUGCUUCUGAUCCGAUUGUUGCUGCAUCAAAUUGUCCCCAGACUGAAUGCCAUAUUGAUGGAUGAUAUGUGACAGGCUGACCUAGCUGCUUACUUGCACUGAGAGAAAACAAUACUUUGAAACCUG